CAGCCACAGUGCCGAGCAAAGCUUUCAGACAAGGCCACCAUUCUUCCUGCUCGCAGCUUCGGUUUGCUCGUCCAUCCAUCCAUCCAUGGGGCUCUUCAGGUCGCCGGGCAAGGUCUACAAGCCGGCGGCCGAGGUCGACCUCGGCCCGGGCAGCGACGAGCACUACAUCAGCCCCAUCGUCAGAGCUCCUCGCGUCGCCGGGCUCCUGGUGAAGUUUCAGGCUUGGGUGCUCGAGACGCCCGUCCUCGGCUGGAUCGUGCUGACCGUCCUCAAGAGGGACAACCUCGUCUACAAGCUCGUCUCGGACGCCGAGAUCCCGGAGCCGCCGCUGUUCACCGCCACCCACACCUGGCGAGACAUCCCCGAGCAGAACGUCCGGCCGACGAAGCCGGGGCUGUCGCCGCCGGAGCGCGUCCAGGAGGCCGUCGGCUGCCUCCCUGCUCGCCUGCCGGAGCCGGAGGCGGCGGCGGCGCUCGCUGAUGGCCCGGCGUCGGGGUUCAGGCGCUGGACGGUACGGGACUUCCACAGGGCCUACAGCUCGGGACAGACGACCCCUGCCAUGGUGGCGCGGAGGUUUCUGGCGGCGGUGAAGGAAUGCUCGGAUCUGGAGAUGGGCUUGUUCAUCAGCUGCGACGCCGCCGACGUGAUGCGGCAGGCCGAGGACUCCACCCGCAGAUACCAGCAAGGGGCGCCGCUGUCCGCCAUGGACGGAGUGCUGGUCGCCGUCAAGGACGAGCUCGACUGCCUGCCGUACCCGACCACCGGCGGGACGCGGUGGCUGGGGGCGGCGCGGCGGUGCGCGGCGGACGCGGCGUGCGUGGCGCAGCUGCGGGCGUGCGGCGCCGUGAUGGCGGGGAAGGCCAACAUGCACGAGCUCGGCGCCGGGACCAGCGGCAUCAACGCGCACCACGGCUCCACGCGGAACCCCUACGACCCCGGCAGGGUCUCCGGCGGGUCGUCGGGCGGUUCCGCCGCCGCCGUCUGCGCCGGGCUCUGCCCCGUCGCCCUCGGCGCCGACGGAGGCGGGUCCGUGCGCAUGCCGGCGGCUCUCUGCGGCGUCGUCGGGUUCAAGCCGACCGCCGGCCGGCUCUCCAACUCCGGGCUGCUUCCUCUGAACUGGACCGUCGGCAUGCCGGGGAUCCUAGCAGCGACCGUCGAGGACGCGCUCAUCGCUUACGCGGCCAUCGUUGAUCAGUCCAAACCAGGUCCUCUGCAGCCUGAGCUGAACCUGCCGUUGCUGACGUGUACGAGGUCCAUGCCUAGCAUCAGACUUGCCAAAUAUGCAAAGUGGUUCGACGACAGCUCUGAGGACAUCAGGAGCCUCUGCGGCAAGGCUCUUCGGAUGCUGCACGCGCAGUACGGCUGGGAGACCGUGGAGGUGACUGUCCCCGAGAUCGAGGAGAUGCGGCUGGCGCACUACGUGACGAUGGGCUCGGAGUGCACGGCCUCCCUCGCCAAGUAUCUCGACAACAUGGAUAGGUCUGAGAUCGGGUGGGACGUACGGAUCGGGCUGAGCGCCUACCGGUCCUUCAGCAGCAGGGAUUACCUCAACGCGCAGCGCCUCCGGAGCCGUCAGAUGUACUUCCACGAGAAGAUCUUCGAGGCGGCCGACGCGAUCGUCACGCCCAUGACAGGCGUGACCGCGUACGCGCUGCAGGACGACGCGCUGCGCACGGGGGAGCUCGACUACAUCAGCGGAGCUGCGCUGGUGCGGUACUCGAUCGCGGGCAACUUCCUGGGGCUGCCGGCGAUCACCGUGCCGGUGGGGUACGACAGGGGAGGGCUCCCCGUGGGGCUGCAGCUCAUCGGCCGCCCCUGGUCGGAGGCCACGCUGCUGCACCUCGCCCACGCCGUGCAGGAGGCCUGCUGCGCCGCCGGGGAGCGCCGCAAGCCCAAGGUGCACUUCGACCUUCUUCUCAGGGAAGACUGACAGGCCUUGGCCCUUGGGGAGGAGUUCUUCGCAGUUGGGGAUGAUCCCAACAGAGAUGAUGCGUGGUGAAUUGGUCAGGGAUUUGGUGACUGCAGGUAGUAGUACUACGAAAAUCUGUCGACGUGCAGGACUUCGAACAGAGAAUGGGUUGCGAUUGAGUGCGUAAUUGUUAUUCUAAUCUUGUGCCAGGAGAGUACGUGCAUUGG